AUGGCCCUCAAACGAAAGGUCUCAGCAGAGGAGGUCACAACCCCCAAACGACGCCAGAGGCAGAAUGUCUUGGACAAUUCCGAUUUGAUUUAUGAAGAGGCUCACUCCGAUGCCGAGUACUCACCUCCGAACACUCCUAGUGAAAUGAGUGUGGACUUGAACGAGACUCCUGCGACCCCAUUCUCGACCACGUCCUCUCGACAACGAUACCCAUCCGAGUUCAAAACCCUACGUUGCCCAAUUGAAGGGUGCGAUAAAGCCUUCAAUCGUCCAUGUCGACUGCAAGAGCAUAUUCGAUCACACAACAACGAAAGGAUCUACAAGUGUGACCAUGAUGGCUGCGACAAGACAUUCUUACGACCUUCCCAUCUCCAACACCAUGUCAAGAGUGCUCAUACCGCCGUUCGAGACUAUCUGUGCGAGCAUCCAGGUUGUGGGAAGAGCUUUGUGAACGGGUCUCGGCUUCGUCGGCACUUGGCUACGCAUGAAGGAAAGGGCGGUUACCACUGCACAGAUUACCCACCUUGCAACGAGACGUUCCGAAAGCACUCGACUCUACAGAAACAUGUCAUGGUUGCUCAUUUGAACCAGAAGCCAUAUCCAUGUGAUCACGUAGAUCCAAUCACCAAAGAGAAAUGCGAGAUGGCUUUUGAAACUGCUGGUAAUCUACGGAAUCACCAGGGCAGGGUCCACGUCGAAAAACGUUUCACUUGUUCGGAGUGUGCUGGAAACCAACAAGAGCAAUCAUCUGAGCAGGAAGUGACAUUCCCUACAUAUGCCAGUCUACAAGAACACAUUCGGAUUGUUCACCCUCCACAAUGCCCUGAAUGUCCACUUGUCUGUUCCACAGCACGAGAACUACGACGUCAUCUUGAAAUAGCUCAUGGCGAUGUCAGUCUUGAGGAACGAAAGAUCCACGCGUGCACAUUCCCCGGAUGCGGCCGUAGCUUCACCAAACCCGGCAACCUGAAUGUUCAUGUUCGCACGGUACACGAAGGCGAAAGACGCUUUGUAUGCGGCGAAACAGACCUUUCGGCCAACAAAAAGGUGGAAGGAUGGGAUGGCAUCGGUUGCGGCAAGCGCUAUGGCAACAAGCUGACACUGGAAGAGCACGUUCGCGUUUCGCACUUGGGCCUCCCGAAUACCAGGAAGCGACGUCAACGAACAACGGCCAGCAAAAAACCGGCGCCGAACCCCGUCUCUACUCUGUCCGCUCUUACAGGCCAAGGCUACGGCGAGGAGACAGGACGACAGAUCACUUGCUUCUACGCAGAGUCUUGUCCACAUCGUUUCCACCGCAACUACGAUCUAUGGGUUCACAUGACCACCAAGCAUGACUGCACCGAAGAUGAAGUCCAGGCCUUUUUCAUGCAGCGUGCAUUGCUUUCCGAUGAAUCUGGCUCUGGAGGCAACUCACUGGGCAUCUAUGGUCUUGGAUUUGAUCAGGAUGGUCAGUCCUACUACCAACAAUCAUACAGCGCAGCAGACCACUCGGACGUUGCCUUUGGCUCACAGUCGAACGACUCAACUUAUCUUCCCAGCCAGCCGGCCUUGGAUUCCGAUUAUUUGAUGCAAGAUGAUUUUCCUGCGCAUGCAGCUCGUCACAUUGAUCCUAUGAUACCCAGCCAUAAUAACAUGGCGUUGGUUGACCCCGUUCUCGGUGAUCAUCUGAUGGAACAUUGA